UCUUCAACCGAGUGAUACUGAGUCCACGCGGACUCGCUUAAUCGGAAACUCUUCUUCUUCUUCUUCCAAAAAUUAAGCAUAGCUCAUAUUUGAAUCAAGAGAUUAUAAUUUCUGAGAAUUAUCCAUUCAGAAUACUGAAAAAUAAUCAUAAUCAUAAUCAUGUGGGUGGAGAUACUCUGCGGUUUAAUCGCCUACAAGCUCUUCCGCUGCUUCUUCUCCGACGAAGACGUUUUGGAGCUCGAAUCCUCCGACACCACCGCCCUUUUCAACGUCGCUACUAGACUUGAGAAGCUUUAUGGAGGGAAGGUUUAUGUAGGGCUUCGAAUUCCUGAUGCUGAUACUGGAUCACGCCAGAAUGUUGAUUUGGUUCUUGUUACCACAGGGGAAGCAGUGGUGAUUUCUGUUAAGAAUUUACCGGGACUUGUAUCAAUUAGUGGUGAUGGCAGCUGGGUUUGUGAAGAAACUAGUAAGGGUAAACACAAGACCCACAAUCAUCCUGAUCCUGUAGAGGAGGUCAAGAAACAGGCUUCAAUUCUUGAGGCAUAUCUUGAACAAAGAGGAGUUGCUCUACCAGAAGGAUAUUUGUCUUACAAAGUGGUGCUUCCCAAUCCAAAGUUCUGGACUCUUCACUCGAACUAUUUUCCACCUGAGGUCAUUACCCAUGAGCAAUGGGUACAGCUUAAACCAGAACCUAAAAGUAUGUUAUCUGGUUGGAUUAAGGGUGCCUUUCGUGGUGGAAAGAAAGAGAUGCAGGAAUCUAUACACGAGAAGCUUAAUUUCACUCUUAGUACAGCUCCAAUGUGGGAUAGGUUGGAGCUUAAAGGCAACAAAUAUAUUCUAGGAGAGUUUAUGGAAUUUAAGGGGAAGCAAGAUGAUCUCACGGCUUUGAGGAGCAUCAAAAGAUCAAAAGUUGGUCGUAUUAUUGUUCAAAAGAUGAGCAUGUUUGGACUAGCCCAUUCAAAGCUUCAAGUUUUGUACUCUCCUCGUGAUUACCGAAGCGAAGGCACCUCUGCUUCGGAGUGGAAGGAAGCAACUGUAAGGUCAAGUACCGAGGUCCUAUUUCAACCAGAAAACUCUAAGAAAGUCUGCAAAUUCAAGCUCUCCUCAAUUAUCUCCAUGUCAUUAAGCGCCUAAGACUUGAAUUUGCAAGUGACAGUAGCAGAAUCGAACCCUAAAUAUGCUGCGUUUCGUAAAAGUUCCCCCAGUGUUGUUUCUAGGGCAUAAUUGUUUGUACAGUUUUGAUUCUAAGCUUAUACAAGGUCAAUUUUGAAGAAUCCAAAUCCAAAAUUCUAAUAAAAAUUCAGAUCUUAAGC